AUCUCUCCCGACGAUGAUUAGCUUACAUGCAGCAGUGACGUGAGAUCAUGCUGUCCUAAUCACAAUUUUAGAUCUAUAAAAUAAUACAUUCAUAAAUAAAAAAGGAUUUUAUUUUGACUAUUGACUUUUUCUAUAAACCGCCACAUCCUGCCGCCAGGAGGCGCUCGGCGCUGUGAACGACGCCAUUACGUGAUUUUCGUGCAGUCCAAAAAUCACGCGACUUUUUCUCAAUUCAAAAUUUUGCAACUAAAGUAAGAAAAUUACGUUGAUAUGGGUAAAAGGAAGCGGUCAGACGAUUCUAGUGUUGAAAAACUAUUAAAAAAGGUGAAAAAGUUAGUGAAAAAGAAAAAACGACGAAUUUCGUCAUCUUCCUCGGAAAGUUCCUUGUCAGGCAAUGAGCCGGAAAUUACCGACGAUAUUCCGAUCCCGGAUGAACUUAAUCUUGUGGCUUCGAGCCCCGAAGGCCCUGAAGAGGUCUCAACUGAAGUAGCCCUGGACCCAGAAGUCCUAAACCUUCUCGGCUCAGACCCGUCAAGUACCAAAGUGUAUGGAGAUAACCUCCACAAAGACUUAGCUACUAGGUGGCGCCAUACGCUUAUUAAUGGCUUGGCGAAAGAGGAGAAAGCAGACAUGUUGCAGAUAUACCUGCCACCUGAAAACUGCCAACAGAUGAAGGCUCCUAUUUUAAACCCAGAGAUAAAAUCCGCCAUCUCCGAAGUAAAUGUAAAAAAGGACAUCUACAGCGAGUCCAAACAGAAUCAGAUGGCCAGCUGCAUCGCAGCAAUUGGGAAGGCCCUUAGUUUGACCUUGCCGCUCACUGGGCAAGUACCUCAAGAAUUAAUAAAAACCUUAAGCGAUGCAGGCAGGUUGCUGUGUGACACCCAUUACAGGGAGUCUCUGUCACGAAGAUUUGCUAUUGUCAAUGUACUAAGUAAACAGAAGAGAGACAUCCUAAAGAACACAAAGAUAGAUAAUUACCUCUUCGGCACCGACCUCUCUGAGCAGUUAAAGUCAUCAAAAGCCAUAAACCAGUCCGCUUCGGAGCUGAAGUUGAGUACCAACAAACCAUUCAAUCAGCAGCGGACACAGCAAUUUCACCGGCAAGGACCUUUAAACGCAAGGGGGGCACCGCGGGCGCCGGCCACCGAGCAGCGGGUGCAUCCCCAACCUCGGCGCCCUCCACCAGCACCGCCAGCACAGCGGGAACAGCGCCGCGGGACGGCGACUCGACCACGGGCCUCGAACUACUCGCAUCCUCGCCGCCGCUAGCGCAACCACCACAGAGAGGCGCAUCCCCUCCACAGGGACCUCAAAUUGAUGGCCGGGAAAUUAUCAAGCAAGCAUUGCUAAGUCGUGGAGCCCCGGAAGAGUCACUUGAUAUUAUGAUGGCCUCUUUCUCUAAAAAUACCUUAACUCAAUACAACCAUAUUUUAAA